AGAUAUAAAAGGGCUCACACGGCGUCUUCUCACCACAGCUCAGACACGGCAGCAGCUCUUCACUGAAAACUUCCUGCAGCUUCAUUCUACGCCUCAGAAUGGACUUCCAAAUCUUUGCCCUGGUGAUGUUGUUCCUGGCCUGUGUGGAGCAGGGCCUGGCCUCCUGUGUGGUUGACAGUUUCACAGUCAAAGAGGACUUUGACCCCAAGAGAUAUGAAGGAAAGUGGUAUGCCCUGCAGAAGAAAGACCCCGAGGGUUUGUUCCUGCAAGACAACAUCUCUGCUGAGUACACAGUUGGAGAUGAUGGUGCUAUGAUUGCCUCCUCCAGGGGCAGAGUGACUCUCUUUGGGUUUUGGGUUGUCUGUGCUGACAUGGCUGCUCAGUACUCCGUGCCUGACCCCGGCACCCCUGGCAAGAUGUUCAUGAACUACCAGGGCCUGGCCAGCUACCUGUCGAGCGGCGGUGACAACUACUGGGUCAUUGACACAGACUAUGACAACUAUGCCAUCACCUAUGCCUGCCGCACUCUGAAGGAGGAUGGAAGCUGCGAGGAUGGAUACUCCCUGGUCUUCUCCCGCAACCCACGUGGCCUCCCCCCUGCCAUCCAGAGAGUCGUCCGCCAAAAGCAGGAGGAAAUCUGCAUGGCCGGAGAGUUCCAGCCUGUGCUGCAGUCUGGAGCCUGCUAGACUGUUCAUUAGCUGGAGUUUGUCAAGCCCUUUGUUAUCCUGGAUUGAUCAUUGUCCUGCCUAAACUGAAGCCAAAGCUCUUCUCAAAGACGCAAAUAUGAGAAUAAUCAUGCUAUGCUUAUGAUUGACCAUGUUUCAAUGUCAAGUGAGAGAAUUUGCAGAUAAAUCCACUUCAACGCCCCAUGAAAAAUUUAAUUAAUGCUUCCAAGGUGAAACUAUAUUUCCAAAUCCAAACCACUGAAAAGUAGCGGUUGAGUGAAUGUGAUGAAAUCCCCAACCACACAGUAUUGUCACACUGAUGGGUACCAUCUGCACUGU